AGAGAGUUCAGCAACAAAAACAGAAGUGAGACAGGUCUUUUUAAAAGCAUUUUUUUACUCAUCAUACAUUAUUUUCUGCCCUAAAGACACAGCUAAAAUGUCUGGAGACAGCUUUGUCUUCACAUCCACGGCCUUGCGCUCACUUGAACUUGACAAAGAAAUGCUGGAGAGGCACAAGUUCAACAGGCGGCUGGCCUCCCAUCACCUCAGCAGCUACAUGCUGAGGAAAGAGGCUAUGGACAGAGCACCACUCAGGUCCAGCUACACCCGGCCACCAGGUACCUGCCAUGAUGUGGUCAUCCAAAAUGCUUUGUAUACAGGAGACCUGGAGGCUUUGAAGCGUUUUUUCCCAAGAGGGUCCACGGCAAACCUCAUCAUAGAGCCGCAGGGAGGGGAGAUGCGUUGGGUUGCUCGAGGGGCAGGACUUUGGUCUCUGACUUACGAGCAGGAGCUGACAACGCCGCUCCACAUCACCGCUGGUCGAGGAUUUGCAGACUGCCUGCACCUCUUACUUCAGCGUGGGGCCAACGUAGACCUGGCGCCUGGAGGCACCACGGCCCUGCACGAGGCCUGCGAGAACUGCCAGCCAGAGUGCACCAAGUUGCUGCURAUGCACGGCGCAAAUGCAAACGCUGUCACGGAAGACGGCCUCAUGCCUUUGCACGUUUGCACUUGUCCUGAAUCCCUUGAAUGUGCCAAGUAUCUCCUUCAGUACGGUGCUGCAAUCAGCGGCCGCAGCCUGGAUGAGGACGACACUCCCUUACACGUUGCAGCUAGGAACGGGCUCCUGGAUCACGUCGAGCUCUACCUGCGCUACGGCGCCGACGUGAACAAGCAGAACGACGAGGGCCUCACUGCCCUGAACGCGGCAUGUUCGCAGCCUCAGGAGGCGCAGGAACUCGCGCGCUACUUCGGGGUGUGCCAGACCCUGCUGUUGGCAGGCGCCGACAUCCGGUCGGUGGACCAGGACAGACACUCUCCUUUGCACAUGGCCUGUAAGAACGCAAAUCCAGAUGUGGUGGACCUGCUGCUGGCCAACGGCGCCUGCGUCAACAACAUGGACUAYGACGGCGAGGCUCCCAUGCACAAGAUCCUGAAGGUGGUGUGCUACAAGGCUGCACAUCGCCCCGAGAGGAUUGUUCGGGCUCUGCUCAACCAUGGCUCCAUCCGAGUGUGGCCCGGCGCUCUCCCCAUGGUUCUGAAGCACUGCUCCGAGUCUCCGGCCACCAUCGAGGUCCUCCUGAACGCCUACAGCCACCUCAAAGUCACAGACACCUGGGCGGAGUCUGUGCCCACGGAGGCCUUAGUGGAGAACAGAGAGUUCUUCGACUCCAUCUUCUCUCUGGCCAUGACCCCUCGCUCCCUUCAGCACUUGGCACGCUGUCGACUCAGGAGCCUCCUGGAGGGGCGAGUACACAGAGUGGUCCCAAAACUGAAUCUGCCCACCUUCAUUAAGGACUACCUUCUCCUGGAGUGCAGAGGGUUUAUCCAUUGAUCACAGGUUUUUGAGCUCAAUGACUGUUUCUGUCAGAUUUAUAACGUUUUUGCUUCAAACUGGAAGAGGUUUUUUUUUKACAAUCUAGUCUCUAUUGAAAGUUUAAUUCUGCCUCACGUGAGUUUUUCUGAAGGAAAACUUGGCCUGCUGCUGGUUCCAGAUCAAGUUUCAGCACUUUGUUUAUGAUUUUCCACCGCCAGAGGGCGCUAUAGCCUAGACCUGACAGAAACAAGUGGAAAAGCUUUUUAAUGUAUUAUAUAUAUUUUUUUUUACUUUUGCAAUUACAUUUAAAACAAUAACUCGCCUGCAUUAUAUGCGCAGUGUUUAUAUAUGUUAACGUGAAUGCACAGUUAUAUGUCGUAAAAUUUUAUUAUAAACAAUUAUUCUCAUAAACAAAAGUUUAAUUAGAUGAUUUAGUUGGACUAUCUGUUAGAUAAAAAUUUUAAYAAAUCAUUCUGACAAAUCACGUGUUUUUGUUUGUCCUUAUUUAACAUUUCUUUAUGACUUUUAACCUUUUCAUAUUUGAUAUUAAGCAGGGCAUUUUAGAAAAAAAA